AUGCAGGAUCAUUGGAAUUCUGCAAGCUGCGAAGGGGACGCUAUAGAAGAAGUCUCCCCCACUCACCUUCCCCCUCCCCUCCCCCCUCCUCCCCUCCCCCUUUCCCCCUCCUCCCCCCCUCCCCUUCCUCCCUACUCCCCUUCCUCCCUCCUCCCCUUCCUCCCUCCUCCCCUUCCUCCCUCCUCCCCUUCCUCCCUCCUCCCCUUCCUCCCUCCUCCCCUUCCUCCCUCCUCCCCUUCCUCCCUCCUCCCCUUCCUCCCUCCUCCCCUUCCUCCCUCCUCCUCCCCUCCUCCCCCCCUCCCUUCCUCCCUCCUCCUCCCCUCCUCCCCCCCUCCCCCCCUCCCCUCCUCCCCCCCUCCCCUCCCUUCCUCUCCCCUCCCCUCCCCUUCCCCCUCCCCUCCCCCCUCCUCCCCUCCCCCUUUCCCCCUCCUCCCUCCUCCCCUUCCUCCCUCCUCCCCUUCCUCCCUCCUCCCCUUCCUCCCUCCUCCCCUUCUUCCCUCCUCCCCUUCCUCCCUCCUCCCCUUCCUCCCUCCUCCCCUUCCUCCCUCCUCCCCUUCCUCUCCCCUCCUCCCCUCCUCCCCCCCUCCCCCCCUCCCCCCCUCCCCUCCUCCCCCCCUCCCCUCCCUUCCCCUCCCCUCCCCUCCCCUUCCCCCCCCUCCCCCCCUCCCCCCCCUUCCCCUUCCCCCCCCCCCUCCUCCCUUCCCCCCACCCACCCCCCUCCCCUUUCCCCCACCCCCCCCCCUCCCUUUCCCCCGCCCACCCCCCCCCUCCCUUUCCCCCGCCCGCCCCCCCCCCCUCCCUUUCCUUCGCCCGCCCCCCCCCUCCCCUUUCCCCCGCCCGCUCCCCCCCCUCCCCUUUCCCCCGCCCGCUCCCCCCCCUCCCCUUUCCCCCGCCCGCUCCCCCCCCUCCCCUUUCCCCCACCCGCUCCCCCCCCCCCUUUCCCCCACCCGUUCCCCCCCCUCCCCCUUUCCCCCACCGCCCCCUCCCCUCCCCCUUUCCUCCACCGCCCCCUCCCCUCCCCCUUUCCUCCCCCACCGCCCCCUCCCCUCCCCCUCCUCCCCCUCCUCCCCCUCCCCUCCCCCUCCCAUCCCCCUCCUCCCCCUCCUUCCCCUCCUCCCCCUCCUCCCCCUCCUCCCCCUCCUCCCCCUCCUCCCCCUCCUCCCCCUCCCCUCCCCCUCCUCCCCCUCCUCCCCCUCCCCUCCCCCUCCUCCCCCUCCCCUCCCCCUCCUUCCCCUCCUCCCCCUCCCUUCCCCCUCCUUCCCCUCCUCCCCCUCCUCCCCCUCCUCCCCCUCCCCCUCCCCUCCCCCUUUCCUUCUCCCCCUCCCCUCCCCCUCCCCUCCCCCUCCUCCCCCUCCCCUCCCCCUCCUCCCCCCUCCCCUCCCCCCCCCUCCCCUCCCCUCCUCCCCCCUCCCCCUCCCCUCCUCCCCCCUCCCCUCCUCCCCCCUCCCCCCUCUCCCCCUCCCCCCUCCCCUCCUCCCCCCUCCCCCCUCUCCCCCUCCCCCCUCCCCCACCUUCCCUCCCCCCCCUCCCCUCCCAUUCCCCCCCCCUGCACAAACUCUUUCCUCAGCCUCUUCCAAGCUCGUAGGGCAUGGUGGCGCUCAAGUACCCAAGCCUCUAUAG